UUCUCACACUUUUUCUUUCUGUGUAAGCAAAAGAGCUUGUUCUGGUUUCGCAGCUCUCGCUAGUCGCUCCCCCGUUUACUCCUCCAGUGAACAAAACCCACAUUUCACAAAAGUGGAUAAGACCCUCUCGAUUCCAUAUUUCAAGAAAUCAUGGACUUGCCAAUAACACCCCGCAAGAGAUCUGCCUCAAAUCUCCGACUAGCUAGCUAAUCCCUAGUCGAAUUCCUGAGCUCUUUUUCAUGUCAAAAAAAGUGUUUCUCUUUCAAAAUCAUAUCUCGUCUUCAGUUUUCUUCUUUUGCAUGAACUCUCCAAGCUCAGAAGAACCGCAAGUUUGAUCAUUCUUUUCCCAACUCUUUUCCUUUGUCUUAUAUAUAUAUAUAUAUAUAUAUAUAUAUAUAUAUAUAUAUAUACAUACAUAUAUAGCUGACUAGCUUGCUGUUUAUGGACUACUUGAAAGAAUUGGAAGGCAAACGAGCCCAUGAUCCUCACAACCAGAAGAUGGCUAAGCCAAGGUGCAUAUGGGUUCCAGGACCUGUCAUAGUCGGCGCUGGCCCUUCAGGUUUAGCCACAGCCGCUUGUCUUAAACAAAGAGGUGUUCCAAGCUUAAUCCUCGAAAGAGCCGAUUGCAUAGCCUCCUUAUGGCAGCAAAAAACCUACGACCGCCUCCGUCUCCACCUUCCGAAGCAGUUCUGUGAGCUUCCUCUCAUGCCAUUCCCCAAUAAUUUCCCCACCUAUCCAACAAAACAACAAUUCCUCGCCUAUUUAAAGGCCUACGCUGACAGUUUCGACAUAAAGCCUGUAUUCAACAAAACAGUGGUGAGCGCGGAGCUUGACCAUUGCUGCCCGUUUUGGAGGGUCAAGACGAGGGGCUUGAAAAACGAAGAAGCAGAGUACGCGUCGCAGUGGCUGAUAGUUGCAACCGGUGAGAAUGCCGAGAAUGUCGUGCCGCAAAUUGAGGGAAUGAAUGAAUUCGGGGGGCCUAUUGUUCACACAAGCGCGUACAAGAGCGGAGAUAUGUUCAGUGAAAAGAGCGUUUUGGUGGUCGGAUGUGGGAAUUCAGGCAUGGAGGUCUGUUUGGAUCUCUGCAACUAUAAUGCUCGCCCCUCCCUCGUCGUUAGAGAUUCGAUUCAUGUCUUGCCCCAAGAGAUGCUGGGAAGAUCAACUUUUGGGCUCUCCAUGUGCUUGCUCAAGUGGCUCCCCAUGCGCCUUGUGGAUCAAUUCUUGCUUCUAAUGUCACGCUUCAUGCUUGGCGACACUGCUCGAUUUGGACUGCACCGCCCAAAGCUUGGUCCUCUCGAGCUCAAGAGCAAGUCCGGCAAGACACCUGUUUUGGACGUUGGAACACUCGCUAAGAUCAAAGCUGGAAACAUUAAGGUAUACAAGGCAGUAAAGCGACUAAAACACCAUGCUGUGGAGUUUGCUGAUGGGACGGUAGAAAAUUUCGAUGCCAUCAUUUUAGCCACGGGUUACAAAAGUAACGUACCAUCUUGGUUAAAGGAGAGUGAAAUGUUUUCCGAGAAAGAUGGGUUACCUCGGGAACGGUUCCCAAAUGGAUGGAAAGGCGAAUGCGGGCUGUACGCCGUGGGCUUUACCAAGCGUGGCCUGCUCGGCACGUCUAUCGAUGCGAGGAGAAUUGCAGAAGAUAUAGAGCAUCGCUGGAAAGAUGAGGCCACCCAUUUCAGGGCAUUUGCUCGUGCGCCACCACCACAAUUAUGAAGAACUGAGAAAGGAGAGAGAUAUAAUCAAGGUAUGGACUUCCAUGGGGCCUUGACCACACAGGUUACGCCAAGAAGGUUCCCCCAUUUGUUUAGACUGAAAAAAAAAAAAAAAAAAAACUGUCAAAAACAAAAAGUAGGACAUGGGAAUUGUAGGAUGAGAAGUUGGCCGGGGGAAGAGGGGGUAAAGGAAAUUUUAUUAUAAUUUCGUUAAAAUAUGAUUUUUGGAUGGAAAUAAUUGAUUAAAACCAUUGGAUAUCAUGAAGAGGUGUGAUUAGGAAAAUUAAAAAUUUAGGGUGUUCAUAGAACUAGAACUGUAUUGAACUUUAGAGGGUGUAGUGUAUUUUACUAUAUAUAUUUCAGUAAAUGUUAAUUAGUGGUAGUGGCAGUGGUGGUGAUCAUGGAAUAUAAACCAUUUUGUUUUAAUUGAAUUUGUAAUAUGUGUAUAGUACAAAUAUGAUGUUUCCAUCAAUUCGAACUUGUAUUAUUGGUUCUCCAAUGUAACAUUCAUUUGUAACUCUCA